GAACAGGGGCAAAGAACAAAAAACACAAGGCAGUAAAAGUAAGGGGGCGAGAAAGGGAGGGAAGGUAAGGGAGUGUAAAGAGUUGUAUGCAGUGAGACUGGGAGCUGCCAGGAUGUAAAGUUUGAGGAGUGUUGAGGGAGAGUUUUUAGUUUGGGAAAUGGAAGUCAGCAGCAUGUCUGCCCGCUGUCCGCUCCUGCUCACUCUCCUGCUGCACAUCCCCAUGAUGAACUGCUUGAGCCUCCACCUUUCCCAGGGAGAGGACGCGGGCCCCGGGACAGAGCUGCCUCUGGCGAACCUGUCGCUGGGAGCGGCCGCCUGGCUGUACCGGCUGGACCGUUCACUGACCCCCGGGCCGCUCAGCAGGUGCCUGGAGCUGGGCAGCCGGAGUGGGGAGCUGAGGCAGACCGAGCCGCUGGACUGCUCGCUGCUGCCCGCUAACCCGCUCCCGGUGUACCUCCGGUACCGGGCGGCCGGGCCAGCGGGGCUGCUGACCGUCAGGGCCCGCCUGCCCGUCUAUGUCCACGGGGAGGACUGUUACAUCAAGUACCGGCGGAAAAGUCCGGGCGCCGAGCUCUCGGUCUCGGUGUUACUGGGUCCGGGGGAUGACCCAAGCCCGUGCCUCGCUGCCGGGCAGCUGCUGCUCAAUGUCUGGGAUGUGGUGCCCGCUCCCCUCCGGCCUCUCUCCCCGCUCUGCACCAGCCUCAACUCCAGCCGCCUGCUGCUGCUGCCGCCUCUCCGCUCCGGCCAGCUCCUGGCCUCCGGGGAUUACUGCCUGGGCAGCGGAGCCGGGCCUGCCGCCGAGCUGCACUGCUCUCGGAGCCCGGCUUCCAGCCCGCAGCCUGAGCCCGAGUCCGAGCCCCAGCCCCUCCUGAUCCGGGUGAGGGUGGUCGCUCUCCGGCCGCACGCCCACAGGACUCGGCCUCUCGUCCGCCGCAAGAGGAGCACCAACCGCAGCCCCCAGUUCCAGCUGCCCAGCUACCAGGUCUCGGUGCCCGAGAACGAGCCGGCCGACACUCGGGUCAUCGUCCUCAGCGCCCACGAUCUCGAUGAAGGGGAGUCCGGACGCCUGGAGUACACCAUGGAGUCGCUGUUUGACAGCAGAUCCAGUGACUACUUCCACAUUGAUCCUGACACUGGAGCAGUUACCACUACACAGCAACUCGACCGGGAGACCAAGGACACCCACGUGUUUAAAAUUACUGCUUAUGAUAAUGGAACACCUCGUCGAAUGGCUGCUGCCACCCUUACUGUGACUGUCAGUGACACUAAUGACCACGCACCACUCUUUGAACUAUCUGAGUACAGGGAAGUCAUUCGGGAGAAUGUGGAGGUGGGCUAUGAGGUGCUGACCAUUCGAGCAACAGAUAGUGAUGCACCCUCCAAUGCCAAUAUGCUGUACCGUAUUGUCAACAAUAAUGGAAAUAAUUCUGUCUUUGAGAUUGACAGCAAAUCUGGGAUUGUAAGGACCAGAGGAGUCAUAGACCGUGAAGUUGUAUCUGAAUACCACGUAAUAGUGGAGGCAAAUGAUCAAGGAAAAGACCCUGGUCCUCUUAGUGCCACAGCAACUGUUUAUAUAACUGUGGAGGAUGAGAAUGACAACUUCCCUCAAUUCAGUGAAAAGCGGUACAUUGUCCAAGUGCCUGAAGACGUUUCUGUAAAUACUAAAAUCCUGCAGGUCAAAGCUACUGAUCGCGAUAAAGGGAACAAUGCUGUAAUUCACUACAGCAUAGUGAGUGGAAAUAUAAAAGGCCAGUUCUACAUUGAUUCUGUAAAUGGCAACAUUGAUAUCAUCAACCCAUUGGAUUAUGAGACAACCAGAGAAUACACUCUUCGAAUUAAAGCCCAAGAUGGUGGAAGGCCACCUUUAAUCAAUGGUACUGGUUUGGUCAUGAUACAAGUGAUUGAUGUGAAUGACAAUGCUCCAAUAUUUGUAAGUACACCUUUUCAGGCCACAGUAUUGGAGAAUGUGGCGAUUGGGUAUUCUGUCAUUCACAUCCAGGCUAUUGAUGCUGACUCUGGCAACAAUGCUCGUUUGGAAUAUAGAUUGGUAGAUACUCCUCCAGAUUUCCCACUCGUUAUAGGUAACAAUACAGGAUGGAUUACAGUUGCAAAGGAAUUGGACAGAGAGAUAACUGAAUUUUACACUUUUUCUGUAGAAGCUAGAGAUAAUGGAAUUCCAUCCAUGACCUCCUCAGCUGGUAUCAGCAUUACUGUGUUGGAUGUAAAUGACAACAAUCCUACCUUUACUGAGAGGGUUUAUUAUCUAAGAUUGAAUGAAGAUGCCCCUGUGGGGAGCAGUGUGUUGACUGUUACAGCGAUUGAUAAGGACGUUAACAGUGUGGUUACAUACCAGAUAUCAAGUGGCAACACAAGAAAUCGAUUUUCAAUAACUAGCCAAAGUGGUGGUGGACUAAUCACUUUAGCUUUGCCCCUAGAUUACAAGCAGGAAAGGCAAUAUGUUCUUACGGUUACAGCAUCUGAUGGAACUCGGUUGGACACAGUCCAGGUCUAUAUCAAUGUCACUGAUGCAAACACACACAGACCAGUAUUCCAGAGCUCACAUUAUACACUCAGCAUCAAUGAGGACAAGCCAGUUGGCACGACAGUGGUGAUUAUUAGUGCAUCUGAUGAAGAUACAGGGGAGAAUGCCAGGAUAACUUAUAUCAUGGAAGACAACUUUCCCCAGUUUAAAAUUAACCCUGACACUGGAACCAUAACGACACAAAUGGAGCUGGACUAUGAAGAUCAGGCAUCAUACACAUUGGCAAUAACAGCAAGAGACAAUGGAAUUCCACAGAAAUCUGAUACGACCUAUGUUGAAAUCCUGGUUAAUGAUGCUAAUGAUAACAUCCCUCAAUUUGUGCGAGAUUUGUACCAGGGCACAGUAUAUGAGGAUGUCCCUUUGUCGAAUAGUGUCCUACAGAUUUCAGCAACGGAUCGGGAUUCUGGCCUUAAUGGAAGAGUGUUUUAUACAUUCCAUGGUGGUGAUGAUGGAGAUGGGGAUUUCUACAUAGAGCCCUCAUCAGGAAUUAUUCGAACUGGCAGAAAGUUAGAUAGAGAAAAUGUGCCAGUCUAUAACUUGAGAGCCUUCGCUGUAGAUAAAGGUAACCCACCACUUAAGGCAUCUGUGAAUGUCCAAAUCACCGUGCUUGAUGUAAAUGACAAUGCUCCUGCUUUUGAAAAGGAUGAGUUUGAUAUUUACAUAGAAGAAAACAGUCCUGUCGGCUCAUCAGUGGCCAGGAUCACAGCGACCGAUCCUGAUGAGGGAACAAAUGCACAAAUCAUGUACCAGAUUGUGGAAGGAAACAUCCCUGAGGUGUUCCAAUUAGAUAUGUUUACUGGGGAUCUCAUUGCCCUUACAGAUUUGGAUUAUGAAACCAAAACUGAAUAUAUAAUUGUGGUCCAGGCCACUUCAGCACCUCUGGUCAAUCGAGCCACAAUACACAUUCGCCUUGUGGAUAAAAAUGACAAUGCUCCAGUGCUUAGGAAUUUUGAGAUCAUUUUUAACAACUACGUGACAAACAAAUCAAACAGCUUUCCUUCUGGCGUGAUAGGGAAGAUUCCAGCAUAUGAUCCAGAUGUAUCAGAUCAUCUUUUUUACACUUUUAUAGAGGGCAAUGAGCUUAAUCUUUUGAUUUUGGACCAAAACACUGGACAACUUAAAUUAAGCCAAGACUUGGACAAUAACAGACCUUUGGAAGCAAACUUGAAAAUCUCUGUCACAGAUGGUCUUCACAUCAUUACUGCACUAUGUACAUUGAGAGUGACCAUCAUCACAGAAGACAUGCUAACAAACAGCAUUACUGUGCGUUUGGAGAAUAUGUCCCAGGAUAAGUUUCUGUCUCCACUGCUGUCGCUCUUUGUGGAAGGAGUCGCUGCUGUGUUGUCCACAACCAAAGAUGACAUUUUUAUUUUUAAUAUUCAAAAUGACACUGAUGUUAGUACAAACAUUCUGAAUGUGAGUUUCUCUGCAUUGCUGCCAGGUGGAGUAAGAAAUCAAUACUACCCUUCAGAGGAUCUGCAGGAACAAAUUUACCUCAACAGGACGUUGUUGACCACCAUCUCCACUCAGAGAGUCCUUCCCUUUGAUGACAAUAUCUGCCUGAGAGAGCCCUGUGAAAAUUACAUGAAAUGUGUCUCUGUGCUGAAGUUUGACAGUUCAGCUCCUUUUAUUUCGUCCGACACUGUCUUAUUCCGACCCAUUCAUCCCAUCAAUGGACUGCGUUGCAGGUGUCCUCCUGGAUUUACUGGAGAUUAUUGUGAAACAGAGAUUGACCUUUGUUAUUCAAAUCCAUGUGGUAGCCAUGGUCUCUGCCGAAGCAGGGAGGGAGGCUAUAACUGUGAAUGUCGUGAAGACUAUACAGGUGAACACUGUGAAGUGAGCAGUAGGUCAGGCCGCUGUGCACCUGGAGUCUGCAAGAAUGGAGGGACCUGUAUUAAUCUGCUUGUUGGCGGCUUCAGAUGUGAAUGCCCAUCUGGCGAGUAUGAGAGGCCAUACUGUGAAAUGACGACACGUAGCUUUCCUCCACAAUCCUUUGUGACUUUCAAGGGUCUACGGCAGCGUUUCCAUUUCACCGUCUCCCUCAUGUUUGCAACACAGGAGAGAAAUGCCUUGCUUCUUUAUAAUGGCCGUUUUAAUGAAAAACAUGAUUUCAUUGCUCUGGAGAUCAUUGAAGAACAAAUCCAACUGACUUUCUCAGCAGGAGAGUCUACGACCACAGUGGCACCCUUCAUCCCAGGGGGAGUAAGUGAUGGAGAAUGGCACUCCGUUCAAGUACAGUACUACAAUAAGCCAAAUAUUGGCAGAUUAGGUAUUCCUCAUGGGCCAUCGGGAGAGAAAGUUGCAGUAGUUACUGUUGAUGAUUGUGAUACUGCAGUAUCUGUGCGAUUUGGAAAUCGUAUUGGAAACUAUUCAUGUGCUGCUCAGGGAACACAGACUGGAUCAAAGAAGUCUUUGGAUUUGACAGGUCCUUUACUGCUUGGUGGUGUCCCCAAUCUGCCUGAAGAUUUUCCCGUGCGCAAUCGGGAAUUUGUGGGAUGUAUGAGAUAUUUGACCAUUGACAGCAAGCAACUUGACAUGGCUAGUUUCAUAGCCAAUAACGGCACACUUGCAGGAUGUGCUGCUAAAAAGAACUUCUGUGAUGUAAAUGUAUGUCAAAAUGGCGGGCAUUGUGUGAACAAGUGGAAUACAUACAGCUGUGAAUGUCCUGUCAGAUUUGGUGGCAAGAACUGUGAGCAAGUAAUGCCCAAUUCCCAGCGUUUCAAGGGCACCAGUCAAAUCAGAUGGGAUGACCUGGAUAUCACUAUCUCUGUGCCAUGGUACAUUGGACUAAUGUUCCGCACGAGAAAGUCAAAUGGAUUCCUUGUGCAGGCAAAUGCUGGGACUUACUCCAAAAUUAACAUUCAGAUAAUUGAUAGUAACUUAGAAUUUGAAGUACAUAACAAACAUGGAUUAAAAGCCAAACUGCGAAUGACUCGGACACGGGUCAGUGAUGGAAACUGGCACCAUUUACUGGUUGAGAUAAAAAGUAUGAAAGAUGGCAAGGACAUCAAGUACCUGGCUGUCCUGUCUUUGGAUUAUGGAAUGUACCAGGACAGUGUUGAAAUUGGCAAUGAAUUACCAGGAUUAAAAUUGAGAAACAUCUAUGUUGGGCACCUCCCUGAAGAUGGUAUUCCGAAGCAGCAAGGAUUCCAUGGCUGUAUGCAGGGCCUGCGGAUGGGUGACACUUCAACAAACAUAGCCACCUUGAACAUGGAUCGGGCUGAAAAACUUCACGUAGAGAGUGGUUGUGAUGUUCCAGAUCCAUGUGAUUCUAUUCCCUGCCCCAGGCGUAGCUACUGCCUUGAUGAGUGGGACAGCUACUCCUGUAUCUGUGAACCAGGGUACUUUGGGAAAAAUUGUAUGGAUGUCUGCAGAUUGAAUCCAUGUGAACACAUCUCCAGUUGUGUCCAUGAUCCAAACUCCUCACAAGGCUACACUUGCAAUUGUGGAGAAAACUACUAUGGCCAAUACUGUGAAAACAAAAUUGACCUGCCGUGUCCAAGGGGAAGGUGGGGGAAUCCCAUGUGUGGUCCUUGUAACUGUGAUACCAACAAAGGCUUCAACCCUGACUGUAACAAAACCACAGGUGAAUGCCGGUGCAAGGACAACCAUUACCAGCCUCCAGGUAGCGACACUUGCUACCCAUGUGACUGUUUUCCAAUGGGUUCCCAAUCCCGUACCUGUGAUGUGGAAACAGGUCAAUGUUCCUGUAAGUCUGGUGUGAUUGGGCAACACUGUAAUCGCUGCGAUAACCCAUUUGCUGAAAUCACCAGUGAUGGCUGUGAAGUGAAAUAUAAUGUGUGUCCAAAAGCCUUUGAAGCGGGAAUUUGGUGGCCAAGGACAAAAUAUGGACGACCAGCAGCCAUGCCGUGCCCCAAAGGAUCAGUCGGAACUGCAAUUCGUCACUGCAAUGAAGAGAAAGGAUGGCUCCCUCCAGACCUUUUCAACUGUACUACACUCACCUUCAUUCAGCUCAAGUCCAUUAUGGAAAAACUGCAUCGCAAUGAAACCAAGAUGAAUACACGCAAUUCAAAGAAAAUUGCCAACAUGUUGCAGAAUGCCACAAAGCACACACCAACGUAUUAUGGGAAUGAUGUGAAGAUUGCUUAUGAGUUGAUAAAGAGGAUCCUUCAAUAUGAAGGAAACCAGCAGGACUUUGAACUUGCAGCAACCCAAGAUGUUGAGUUCAAUGAGAACAUUGUCAAAGCUGCCAGUGCUAUUUUAGACCCUCAGAACAAGGACCACUGGGAACAGAUCCAACGCACAGAAGGAGGAACUGCACAUCUGAUGAAACACUAUGAGGAAUAUGCACACACCAUAGCACGAAACCUGAGGAAAACCUACCUUCGGCCCUUCACCAUUGUCACUCCAAACAUGAUCAUUGCAGUCGAACUUUUUGACAUGGUGAACUUUCCUGGUGCCAGCAUGCCACAAUAUGAGAAGAUUCAUGAAAAAUUUCCCAAAGAUCUUGAAUCCAGUGUGUUUUUUCCAGAUGCUCUCCUCAAAAUUGAAGGUGACGCAGGGCUCGGCGACCAUCCUGAACACAGUGCCAAUGGGAAGGCAGAAGAUACGUUUUCAGAAAGGAACAAAAGGAAUGCAGAUGGCUCCCACCCGUAUGCAGUUGCUGUGGUGAUCAUUUACAGAUCACUGGGAUUGCUUUUGCCCGAGCGAUAUGAUCCUGAUCGAAGAAGUAUGAGAGUACCUAAUCGGCCAGUCAUAAACACACCCAUUGUAAGUGCUACAGUUUACACUAAUGACCACCCUUUGCCACAGCUGUUGGAGAGUCCGGUGACUCUAAAGUAUCGCUUGUUUGUAACAGAGGAAAGGACCAAGCCUGUCUGUGUAUUUUGGAAUCACACUCUUGCGAUUGGAGGCACAGGAGGGUGGUCUUCCAAAGGGUGUGAACUUGUCCUUCGGAAUGAGUCACACAUAAACUGCCAGUGCAAUCACAUGACUAGUUUUGCAGUGCUCAUGGACAUCUCCAAGCGGGAGCAUGGUGAGGUGCUCCCUUUGAAGAUCGUCACAUAUACCACUGUCGCAAUCUCCUUGUUUGCUUUGUUUGUGACUUUCCUGUUCCUCAUGCUGGUCAGAACACUACGUUCAAACCUCCAUAACAUUCACAAAAAUCUGGUGGCAGCUCUCUUCUUCUCUGAACUCGUCUUCCUCAUUGGAAUUAAUCAGACAGACAAUCCAUUUGUCUGCAGUGUGAUCGCCCUCUUACUGCAUUAUUUCUACCUGUGUACCUUUGCCUGGACAUUUGUGGAGGGUCUGCAUAUUUACCGCAUGCUGACUGACCUGAGGAAUGUGAACCAUGGACAAAUGCGAUUCUACUAUACCAUUGGAUGGGGGAUUCCUGCCAUUAUAACAGGUUUGGCUAUGGGAUUAGAUCCACAGGGGUAUGGGAACCCUGACUUCUGCUGGCUGUCUGUGCACGAUACCCUGAUCUGGAGUUUUGCUGGCCCUAUCUGUGUCGUAGUCAUUAUAAAUAUUGUCAUCUUCAUACUCGCUGCCAAAGCAUCUUGUGGACCUAGGCACAGGUCUUUUGAAAAGACUGGUAUCAUAUCUGGCCUAAGGACAGCCUUCCUUAUGCUGCUUCUCAUCAGUGCUACUUGGUUGCUGGGGUUGAUGGCAGUGAAUAAUGACACUAUGACUUUCCAUUAUCUAUUUGCCAUUUUCAGUUGCUUCCAGGGUCUCUUCAUUUUCUUCUGCCACUGUAUUUUCAAUGAGGAAGUUCGGAAAGGUCUGAAGAACAUAUUUACUGGAAAGAAGCAACAUGCAGAUGACACAGUAUUGACCAGAACCACAGUUUUAUCACGGUCUCUCAACUGUAACAAUACAUAUGUGGAUGAAGGGCGAAUGUAUCGCACUGCUAUUGGAGAAUCCACGGCCUCCAUGGACAGCACUGUCAGGUCAGCCAAGAGCCACAAUAGCUGCCUUGCUUCUAAACUCAGGGAAGAAGCUCAGAGAGUGAGCUUAUUAUCAAGUCAAGCUGAGGGUGGCCAAACAGAACCGGAUUCUUCAAUAUUCCACAAAAAAACAAAGAAACCUAAUGAGCCAGACUCUGACUCCGAUAGCGAGCUGUCACUGGAAGAUGAUCACAGUAGCUCCUAUGCUUCUAGCCAUUCAUCAGAAAGUGAAGAAGAGGAGUUUCAAAGGGACUCCAAAUGGAAACAAGGAGCACCUAAAAAUAAUGAAAAAAAUCCUAUACACAGUACACCAAAGGGUGAGGCCUUGCCCAAUCAUGUGAAGCGUUACUGGCCUGCAGAAUGUACAACAGCCAGUGACAGUGAGGACCACGGGACGCUGGAGAAACUGAAGGUGGAAACAAAAGUAAACGUUGAGCUUCACAGAGAAAAUAAAUCAAAUCACUGUAGUGAUAUUGCUAGAGGCGGUGAGGAUGAGGAAAAGCAAAGCACAUCUAUACCUCACCCAAGUUCCAAUCCACAGCCAGAGCAAAGAAAAGGUAUUCUUAAAAAUAAAGUCAUGUAUCCACCACCUUUGAAAGAGAAGAAUCGGAUAAAUCAAAUACACAAUGAACUUUCUAACUGUAAAGCAACAGCUUUAUCUUCACGAACUUCCUCAGUAGGGUCCAGUGAUGGGACCCGCACAGGCACAAGCAUAUUGAUAAAGCAGCCGAGCAGGCAACAAUCACAAGACCAGUUAAAUGGAGUGACGCCAAUACCCAUGAAUAUUAGAACAGGCACAAGCACAGUCCAUGGAGACACCUCUGAUUCAGAAGGAAGUAAUGAAACUUCAAUCUGACCCAUCAGGAGAUCAGAAGAAUGACUGAACCCACGAGGAUUCUCGCCAUUGGUGAUCCCUGUUCCGAUGUACCUCAGACCUCAUCACUGGUGUGUUGGUGUUGUCUACAAACCAGUGGCUGCAAAUGGGAAUUACGACCCAGGAAAUGCAGAUGGCCGUAUGAUUAUGGAGCUGGAAGAACAGAUAAAUGCGGCUUUCAAGGACAAAUAUUCAACAUGUGCCAAACUGUAGAACAGAUAGGUAACCACUGCACAGUACACUUGGGUUUGGACAAUUUUGAUAUAUGGAGGAAAUGGACAAAUCCCAAGGUAAACCUUGAAGUGCUUCCACUGCCUCACAUUCAAUCCUCUGGGUAGAAGUGCAGCCGGCCUGACCAAAAACCACUAUCCUUCUGCAAUGUGUCAUUGACAAAUGGUUGGUCUCUGUAUUGGCAGUGCCAGUAAAUCGGUUCGAACAAAAUAAGUCUCACACAUCAGUUGAACUGUUAGUCGCAUAAAAUUCAGGCUGUAAGUGUCCUUCCAUCUCAUCAUUUGCCUUUAUGGUGGGAGGGUAUAGUCUUAAAAUGAAUGCCUUUUGUACAACAAAAUUCUAAGAUGUAUAGCUGCUUUUAUAUAUUUUGUAAGUCAAAAUUUCUGAAGAACUCAUUUGUACAUGAUUAAUUUGUUUGAUUUUGUUAAUUUGAUUACAAGAGGU